AAGUGGUUCUAUGGUGCCAGUAACAUUGCCUCCAUGACAAGUCGUAAGAUGUCUUACGAAUCAUUGCACCAGUCUUUUGGACAUGAGUCCAGAUAUCGAGCUUUGGUAUUGCAGCCAAUUUUGGCUCCAUGUGGAGGGCCUGGUGCCGGUGUCUAGAUGGGACCCGGGCAGACAUCGAUUCAAGUGCUGCGAUCAAGCCGAUCCAGCCAAUCGCUCGCCAACGGAGUCAACGGAGUCAGCGGAGCUUCGAUGCUGGUCGCUCCAAGCAUCUCCUAUGCACCGCUUGGUGGCGGUGAUGCCGCAGCUGGUCCCCUCCUCCGCGCUCGAGGUCCAUCUGGUCCAUCUACGACGGUAGUGACCGUGAAGAAGCCAAUUCCAGUCACAUCUGCGAGCGUGACAACCGCUUGCAGUGUGGCCAAUGUCACUUCAGUCACUUCCAGUGUUGUAUCCGGUGCUUCCGGUGGAUCAAGUCCCAUCCGCCGAGCUGGGGCCAAUCCUGCUGCAACGCUGAUUUCAGUGCCGGCUGCUGCAGGAGACACAGCUGGAACUGGUGCACGAGUGGUGAAGGUGGGAAAUGUUGGAACUCCUGUUGCUGCCUCAAAGGCUCGGAUGGCUUCUGCGUCUUCAAGAUUGGCACAAGGAGGUCAAGCUUCAGCGCAACUCAGGGCAGUCUCUUUGGAGUAUUCACACUCAGACUUGACAGCAGCCACAGACAAUUGGAGCCAUUCCAAAAGGUUAGGAUCUGGCAAGCACGGAGCUGUAUACAAGGCUGAGUUGAAAGAUGGAUCUCAAGUGGCCGUGAAGGCCAUCGACUUGGCUGCUGUGACUCGAGCUGGGGAUUCUCCUCAAGAUGCCGGUUUUGAUGAGGAGGUACUGAUGUUGAGCAAGUUUCGACAUCCCAACUUAGUGACGCUCCUGGGCUGGGGCAGCCACGGAGAUUUCCGGUACUUAGUCUACGAGCUGCUGGCUGGUGGUGAUCUUUUCCGAAGGCUUCACAAAAGCCGAUCCUCCAAUCCCAAGCCAUUCCUGUGGUAUGACCGUGUCUCCGUGUGCCUGGACGCUGCCAGCGGUUUGUCACACCUCCAUAACUCCAACCCAAAGGCCUUUCAUCGAGACAUCAAGUCGGCCAACAUUUUGAUGGAUCGCCAUGGCACAGCAAAGCUUGCAGACUUUGGGUUGAGCUGCUGCUCGAGCUAUGCAGGUGCCAACCAUGUAGAUGUGCGCUUUGCCUCGGGGACGCCUGGAUAUCGAUGUCCAGUGUAUGAGCGCACUGGCCGGGUGAGCGAGGCAAGCGAGGCCUAUUCCUUUUGCAUGGUGAUGCUGGAAGUCCUGUUGGGCCUUGACCCCUCUGCAACCAACUCAAAAGCACCAAGUGGCCUCACUUAUCCCAUCCAAGAGGCAGUCUCACCAGGAACUCCUGGGGCUGAGGAGAGAUGUUUACAAGCCCUUGACCAAACAGCAGGGCCAUGGCCGUUGGAGUUGGCUCAGGAAAUUGCUCGGCUAGCAAUCCGGGGAGUCAAUGCCACAGAUGAGAAGCAGCGACCCAGUUCGGUGGAGAUUGUCCGAACGCUUCGCUCUCUUUCCGAAAGGUUUCCUGCUGGUCAAGAUUUCACCAGCAUCCAGACGGAGCGGAAGCCUGAAGCUUCAAGCAAACAUAGAGCGACUCAGCCGAGUGUGCAAAAGGUACAAAGAUCUGUAGCACCACAGGUGCCGACACCCUUUCCUUUGCGAGAAGAAGCAAAGGCACCAUUGACACCCAGUCACUGCGAGUCCAGUCAAGUAAGUCCAGUGAUUUACAACUUGGAUUCACCUUACUUCUUGGAGGUUACGCUGGCAACUGGAAGCUUUGAGCUCUCAGAUGAGCAGCGGCGUUUGCCCUUGAAGCCUCUGAGGAUGGAAGGCGGUGCCUUCGUCGUAGCUGUGGGUCGUGGGCAGCAACCAGAGCUCUUUGAAGCUUGGCUGCCGGAUGGAAAGAUGCGCACUUGUGUUUCUCGCAAUGCCUUUGAGGUGGCAUGGCGGGAUGGUGACUACAGCCCGUGGCUUACAGCUCAAGGCAGCGGUCCAGUCGCCUUGGAUGGCCAGGCAGUGACCCCAAAGACGGCCUACUCACUGCGGCAUGGGGCAGAGAUUGGGCUUUUGUACGGUAAGCAGCUGUUGAUUAGAUUCAAAUUCCAUGACAAUGUGAAAAGCCAACCUGGCCAGGUAGUUCGUAGCUACACAGGUAGCCUGGUCCCUCCUACGCCAGUGAUGGGUCAUAGGGCCCUUCCUUCGAGCCCAUAUGCCUACUCUGCAAGGGGCACACGUCGCACAAGAGAGCGAAGUGUGGGUGCAGCAUGGGUGGAAAGCGGACAUGUUCAGGUCAGAGAGGCUGAAAGUGGAAAUGCGAAUGUCAAUGCUCCUCCAGUUGUCUGCUUGGAGAUUUGGGGUGAGAAAGUGCCCGAGAAUCGGAUAGGCCCAGUGUCUUUAGCUGGAAAGCCUCUACUGGUAGGCUCCAGGCAUCAGCCUUUCUUGGAGAAGAGCCUAACAAACAUGGUGGAUAGAGACCACUUCUGCAUUGCCUCUGAGGGUGGUGUCUUUUGGCUUCUAUGCCUCACAUCCAAAGGCCUUUGGCGGGUGAGGGAAGGCACCGAGCCUCAACGAUUGAUUUUAGAUGAUUUGGCAUCUUUACAACACGGAGAUCUCAUCGUGCCGCGCCUAGGGCCGGAGGUCACUGUGGAGCAGUGCUGCCGAACCUUGUCUUGGAAUUUCUUGGUGGUGCUGGAACCAAGCUGAAGGAUCCAAAGGGGUGGCGGACCCCAGAAAGUACAAAACCUUGACAGGGAAGUCUCACCAGGAAUUUAUCAGAUUUGGAUAGAUUUAGAAUGUCAUUCUUUUCGUGCGUAAAGGGUGCCCAAGGCAAUCCUUCAUGGAUCCUGAAGGAAGUGUUUCUGGACACUGACAGUCCAUGAGCUUGUUGCCCAAACCUAGUGCAAGAGGCGAACUGGCCAAGAUGUGGAAUGUGCGUGAACAAGAUUUCCUUGCAAUUGCUUUGUGCCACUUUCAUUUUCCUCGGUGCUUGAUUUGCAAAGUUGUUGCUUCUUUGGUGUCAAUUCUUCCACCACCUUGGCAAAGACUCUUGGAUCAGAGAUCCUUGAAAUUCAUUCAUAGUUAGGACCCCUCCGAAGGACAAUUCAUUCUAAUUCCGCUGUGCCAGGUUCAUAAAAAGGAAAGGAUUCGAUGUG